AAUUGAAUUCAUCGGUAAAAAUUCGCGAGUUGUUUAGUUUAAAUACCUAAUGAACAAACAUCACAAUUUUUUGUUUAUGUAAGUACAUAUUGGCGAACUCUCUUUAAAAAGUAAUUCAAAUGUUAACAAAUGCGUCAUCUUGUGAGUUUGUAAUCAGCUAUUAUUAUGAUAAUAUAACCGGAUAUGUAGACGUUUCAUUAUGUUUCAUCGGAGUGAUACUUAACGUAUUAAACAUGCUGGUAUUUUCAAGGAAAAAUAUGGCUUCACCCGCAAAUGUGAUAUUCACUCAUUUAGCCAUUGCAGAUUUACUAAUUUUAUCAGCCAGCAUUCCACCUUCGUGGCUACAGUUCGUUCACUAUGAAAAACAUAAUUACAAAAACGCUACAUACGCAAAAGCAGUCAUUCAUGUAUGUUGUAUGGAUUUAAGAACUACCCUUACCUUUACGUCAGUAUACCUCACAUUGAUGUUGGCCAUAUGGAGAUAUAUCGCUGUAGCCCACCCAUUGAAAGAACGCGAUUGGUGUAACAUGAAGACUACACGUAAUUCAGUGAUAGCUGGUUACAUCGUUGGCGUAUUGCUUAGUAUACCAAGGUACUUCUCAUUUGGAAUUGAAAUGUACAGUUCUGAAUCGUAUUACCCUGAUUAUAAAGAAAAUUCCAUUUUGCGUGAUAUUUCGUAUCUAAUCCGAGCUCUGCUACAACGAUUUCUGCCAUCAGUGGUGCUGUUAAUAUUCAGUAUCAAACUGAUUGCAACCCUAUUAAAAAAAGGACCCAGCAAGGAACAACCAGCUUCAUCUUCAAAUGCUCAAAAUAACGCGAGAAACCUCAAAAUAAAACAACAAACCGAUCGAUCAAUAAUCAUUACCUUGAUAGUCGUGGCACUAUAUUUGAUCGAACAAAUCUCCAAAGGACUGAACCAUUUAAGGCACGGUAGCAUUCUAAAACCUAUUUACAGUAAGUUUAAUUCGAAAUGCUUGGUGCAAUUCGAGGAUGCAGUCGAUACCUUGUCCUACUUCAAUAUGUCCAUCACAUUUGUAGUGUAUUACGCCAUGAGUCGUAAUUUUAGAACCACAUUUAAAUCUUUGUUCAACAGCAAUAUUACUUCUCUUCGAAUUUCAAGCAGACAGAGAACACCUGAUUCCAGUCCAGAAACUGGUCCCGUGGUAAUAAAUGUAAUUUCUGAGAUGACCUAAAAUCAAGCCAGUAAAGCAGUGAUGAGAACUUUUGGGAUUUUAUCCAUGUUGUGGGAGGGCGUGGAAAAAAAAAAGAAAACAUGAGAAUGUUGAUUCUUUCAACAUGAAUGUUUCUUAAAAGAUGGAACAAGGGAAAUUGGAGAAAAUUAUUUCGAGUUGUGGGAAAAACGUGGAAAAACAGGGGGAUUUCAGUAUAAGUAUUUCAUGUGGAAUAAAAGGGAAAUUUUGAGCUGAUACGUAGGGAAAAUGAAAUUUCAUGUUCCUGUCAUUGCAAUGACGAGGUAGAGUACAUAAUAGAAAAAAGGAUGUGUUCUUGAUAAGGGUUCUUCCCAUUUCCCCCCAUAUUUAACACACAUUCCAGAUAAUGGCACCAGAUAUAAUAAAGCUUUAUAACGAACUUAUCUACUAGGUAUACAAAAAUUUCAUUUCAAAGUCAAAUAGAUAAAUAAAUUCUUCGUCACAUAUCAUAUCAGAUAAAAUGAGUAGGAAAAAAAAUCAAAGAUUACAAAUUUUUCUAAAAUCGCAAUUAUAGUUAUGAUGUAAUUGAAGCAUGUGUUUCCAAAACGUACCAAGUCCAAAAAAAUAUUGAUAAGAAAUUCAUGAUACUUAGUACAAUUUGGAAAUGUAGAAAUGGCCCAAAUUGGCUGAUUUUUUCAUAUGUUGUAGCCAAGACCCUUGGGCACAACAUAUCAAAAAAUCAGAGAUUUUGGGCUGCAACUUUAUGCUAAAGGGCCUUGCAACCUCAGAACCUUUGAAUAUGGACUUAGUGCGUUUUGGAAACACAUGCUUAAAUUCAAGUUUGAUAUUAGUCUAGACAUGAAUUUUAGCUGCGUAGGUCCACCAGAAGGGUUUUUAAGGGAUCCUAAAAUGGCUCCAUCCUGAAUAAAAAUUUUAAUGUCCAGUCAAAUUGAUCACUUAAGGCUGGAAAACCCCGUUUCCAUAUGGUUUUAUGGCCUUCAACAGUGCACUUUUGGAAAAUUAAAGUGACUUUUUAAAGGACAGUUUCCAGUACCUCUACCUAAUUAUGGUUUUGAUAUUGUCUAUUAAUUGUUUAGUAUGAUUUGGACCUUUAUUGAGAGGAAAUAUAUUUUUUCAUAAGUACCUACGAGUAAUACAUAC